UUUAUGUGAAAGUGUAGGAAUUAUGUUAACAAAAUUAAAUUUGAAAUUAAGUGCCAGAGACCUUUCUUUAUGGUGCAGGUGAGAUGAUUCAUCAUAUUUUCCAGGAACUUUUAUAGUUUUGGCAGAUGGAUCAGUAGAGUUAGUCAGCAUCCAAUCACAAGUAGUUUUCGACGGACCAUGGCUACAGCAGGAGAAGGGUCAGCAAGUGAUGGCACAGGGAAGCUAAACAGACUUGCAUCUGAGAAGAGUCCAUACCUUUUGCAGCAUGCUAGCAAUCCUGUUGAUUGGUAUCCAUGGAGUGAAGAAGCCUUCAGUGUAGCCAAAAGAGAAAACAAGCUGAUUUUUCUCAGUGUAGGCUACUCAACAUGCCACUGGUGUCAUGUAAUGGAAAGGGAGAGUUUUGAGAAUCCAGAUAUAGCAAGAAUAAUGAAUGCAAAUUUCAUUAAUGUUAAAGUGGAUAGGGAAGAACGACCGGAUGUGGACAAAGUUUAUAUGACAUUUGUAACAUGGAAAGAAGAUGAAGGUAAAUUCAAAGAGUCAGGGAAGAAGAUUAUGGAAGUGUUAGACCGUACGUCUCGUUUAUCUCUAUCUGCACAGUCAGAUUUACCAGGAGAGGAGGCAAUUGCCAGAUGCUAUGCUCAGCUAUCAAGAUCUUAUGAACCCCAGUAUGGAGGAUUUGGAGAGUCUCCUAAAUUUCCACAACCUGCAAAUUUCAAUUUCCUCUUUACAUACUAUGCAUUAAAUCCUGACCAGGAUGAUGCAAAGAAGAGUUUGGAAAUGGCACUUUUCACUUUGAAGAAGAUGGACCAGGGAGGCAUUCAUGAUCAUGUGGCUCAAGGAUUUGCAAGGUACUUUAAGAGGCACAUGGGAGAAUGUUGGGGCAUAGGUGCCCCAGCACUGUCUGGUCUGUCAAAGUUCAUGCCACACCAAAUCACCAUGCUAGAGUACUCCAUCACAAAACAGCUAUUUUUGUGUGGAGGAUUCUACAGUGCUGAAGAUGCUGACUCAUUGCCAACACAUGAUGCCAAAGAAAAACGUGAAGGAGCUUUUUGUGUUUGGACUUACGAGGAAAUCAAUCAACUUUUGGCUGGUCCUGUAAAGGAAGGUCAUGAUACUACUCUUGCUAAUGUAUUUUGUCAUCACUUCUCUGUUGCAGAAGGUGGUAAUGUAAAUCCAUAUCAG